GCACCCGCGGCACAAGGGCGGGCUGGUGACGGGCGGCCCGCGGGGGCAUGUGGGUAACAGGAGGGAAAGAUGUCGGACGAUGAGAGCCAGGAGCAGACGAUCGCCGAGGAUCUGGUGGUCACCAAGUACAAGAUGGGCGGUGACAUCGCCAAUCGUGUUUUGAAGAUGCUGGUAGAUGCAGCGAGGGUGGAUGUAUCUGUCGUAAGCCUUUGUGAGAAAGGAGAUGAAAUGAUCAUGGAGGAAACGGGGAAAAUUUUCAAGAAGGAGAAAGAAAUGAAAAAAGGAAUUGCCUUUCCCACGUGUAUCUCAGUGAACAACUGUGUCUGCCAUUACUCUCCUCUCAAGAGUGACCCUGACUAUGUCCUGAAGGAGGAUGAUCUUGUUAAAAUUGAUUUGGGCGUCCAUGUGGAUGGAUUCAUUGCGAAUGUGGCGCACAGUUUUAUUCUUGGUGUCAGCAAGGAUAGCCCUGUAUCCGGGCGCAAGGCUGAUGUCAUUAAAGCUGCACACUAUUGUGCAGAAGCAGCUCUGCGGCUAGUAAAACCUGGCAAUCAGAGUUUCCUUGUAACCUAAAUUCAAGUGGAAGCCAGAAACAAGAUUGCUCAGUCUUGACUUUGCACUAUAGAAGGUAUGCUGUCACACCAACUCAAACAGCAUGUUAUUGAUGGGGAGAAAACAAUCAUUCAGAACCCCACAGAUCAGCAAAAGAAAGAUCAUGAAAAGACAGCAUUUGAAGUACAUGAAGUUUAUGCCGUUGACGUAUUAAUCAGCACCGGAGAAGGCAAGGCAAAAGAUGCUGGUCAAAGAACAACUGUGUAUAAGAGGGACCCAACACAACAAUAUGGUUUGAAAAUGAAGACUUCUCGUGCCUUUUUUAGUGAGGUUGAAAGGCGGUUUGAUGCAAUGCCCUUCACUCUGAGGGCAUUUGAAGAUGAGAAAAAAGCCAGAAUGGGAGUUAUGGAGUGCGCAAAGCAUGAGCUUCUACAGCCAUUCAAUGUACUCUAUGAGAAGGAAGGGGAGUUUGUGGCUCAGUUUAAGUUCACAGUCCUGCUCAUGCCAAAUGGUCCCAUGAGAAUCACCAGUGGAAUAUUUGAAAAUGAACUUUACAAGUCUGAAUUGGACAUUAAGGACCCUGACCUGAAGGCCCUGAUUCAAAGUUCUGUGAGCCGAAGGAAUCAGAAGAGGAGGAAGAAGAAGAAGGUGGCUUCCCAGUGUGGACUCCCUGCCACCACUGGCAGCACCAAUGAGGAGAACGAGACUGGAGACUGACCUCUCGUAACCAUAGCCCCAGAACUAACCUGACCUUUGACAUACUGUCUGUACCUGAUGGCGAGCUCCAGCCCCCAGCUGUUUAGUGUACAGCUUGUGGGACCCUUUUCACCAGCUCCUAUAUUCUUACACUGAGGGAGGACCACAAGACUCGCAUUUAUGACUGCAGACUACUUCAAAAAAAAAUAAAAAAACAAAAAAAAUCUUUGUGCUAUUUGUAUGGUUUUAUAUUUUUUAUCCAAGCAAGAACAUAUGGCAAUGAGAGUAAUUGGUAUAGAAGAUUUAAAGGUAGCUGUUUAACUCUAACCCCAGCCCAAGGCCUUUUUUUUGCUAUGCAGUAGUUUCCCUCGGGUGUUUGUUUAGUCAUCCAACUUGUUGGCUAUUACUGCUUACUGAGACGGUGUUAUAGUCAUCUAAUGCUCUUUGCUCAGAUCUUGGGGUGAGUGGAAUAGGGCAGAGUUUCCAAAACAUUUUUAAACUGUAUAGAUUAUUAGACAACAUUUUCCACCACCUUUUGUAUCCAGUUUUAUGAAAUAUUGCCAUUCUCCCCGUUACCUAUUGUGGUUAUAAAUAAAAAAUGCUGCGAUUGCUGGUAAUCUUUCCUCCAGUAGAGUUUUCUGUAGACUCGAAACAGCUCAGGAUAAAUUGAAAAAAGUACAUGCAAAGCUAUUAUUACCUAUACCAAGUAAUUCAGAAGUUUUUCGCAAUCUCCAAGAGGCUGGGAAUAUUUUGUUUUAAAAUUAAUACCAAGAUUAAUUCUGAACCUCUGUGCGUAAUGGGCCAAAUAACAAUUGACAAUAGACCAGUUCGGAGUCCAUGUACAUUGUUUCUGUACUGUGAAAUGUUUUAUUUUUUUCUCUCUCAUAUUUUUGGGGAAGAGGGAAUUUACAUUUUACAGGCCUGAAUUGCAGGAUUGGAAGUGUACUUGUGAGCAAAGGCUGAAUUGAUGCAGAUUUAUAUAAUAUAAUGAAUUGUGUGGUUCUGUCUGAUUUCUGUCUCUUUUGAAGAUUGGCCAGUAUUCUGUUGAUAUUUGAAAAUGCUGUCCCUACCUUUUUUUAUUUAAAAAAAACUAAAAAAUAGCAUACCAAACUAGAAUAAGGACUCUUGUUUUGCCAGCCCUUACUUACCGUCAAUGACUUCUGUGUGUGUGUGUGUGAGAUAGGAGCUCAGUGUAAUACCAUGAUUUGUUUUGGGUCACUGUGGGGAUUAAAUAAAUAAGUCAAUAUUAA